CGAAGGACUCCGCAGGACAGCAAGCGGGUGGCUCCGGGCGGCGCCGAGAGAGCGAGAGAACGAGGCCCGGCCAUGGGGCGGCGGGCAGUGGGCGCGCUGCUUCUGGGGCUGCUGCUGCACGCGCGGCUGCUCUCGGUGACGCACGGCCUGAGGGCGUAUGAUGGCCUUUCCCUGCCUGAGGACACAGAGACCGUCACAGCUGGCCACGCUGGCUGGACCCACUCAUACCUCUCUGACGAUGAGGACCUGCUGGCUGAUGAUGCAUCAGGAGAUGACCUGGGCAGUGGAGACAUGGGCAGCGGGUUCGAGAUGGUCUAUUUCCGGGCUCUGGUAAAUUUUACUUGGUCCUUUGAGUACAGCCCCCAGCUGGAGAAUGCGAGCUCCAAAACAUUCCGAGAGGUGUCGGAGGCCGUGGUGAAUAAGCUGGAGGCAGAGUAUAUGAAGAUCCCGGGAAACCAGAUCGUCAGCGUGGUGUUCAUCAAGGAGCUGGAUGGCUGGGUCUUUGUUGAGCUUGAUGUGGGCUCCGAAAAGAAAUCGGAUGGGCCUCAGAUUCAGGAGGUCCUGUAUAAAGUGGUCUCCAGCGGCUCCAUUGGCCCCUACAUCACCUCUCCCUGGGGAUUCAAGUUCCGACACCUGGGCAGAGUGCCCUGGUUCCCAAGGGUUUGCACCGAGACGGAGUUUGCUUGCCACAGUUAUAACGAGUGUGUGGCUCUGGAGUAUCGCUGUGACCAGCGACCUGACUGCAGGGACAUGUCUGAUGAGCUCGAUUGCGAGGAGGCCGUCCCAGAGCUCAGCUCCUUGCCACCUGCUGUUGUGAAGGUGUCACCUUUACCAGAGGCAGCCGCAACAGCUCCACCGCCAGUCACGCAUAGGCCUCAAUUUCUGUUUCCCAGCGUGGCUGUGCCCGUGCCCGCAGCCUGUGGACCCCAGGAGGCCACAUGCCACAGCGGGCACUGCAUCCCCAAAGAUUACCUUUGUGAUGGUCAGGAAGACUGCAAGGAUGGCAGUGAUGAACUGGACUGUGGGCCCCCUCCACCCUGCGAACCUAACGAGUUCCCCUGUGGAAAUGGACACUGCGCUCUCAAGUUGUGGCGCUGCGAUGGAGACUUUGAUUGUGAGGACCGCACAGACGAGGCCAAUUGCCCCGUCAAGGAGCCUGGGGAAGAAUGUGCACCCACACAGUUCCGAUGUGUCUCCACCAACCAGUGCAUCCCUGCCAGCUUCCACUGUGAUGAGGAACCUGACUGUCCUGAUCGCAGUGAUGAGUUUGGCUGCAUGCCCCCCCAGGUGGUGACCCCUCCCCAGCACUCCAUCCAGGCUUCCCGGGGCCAGACAGUGACUCUCACUUGCGUAGCCAUUGGUGUCCCCACACCCCUCAUCAACUGGAGGCUCAACUGGGGCCACAUCCCUGUCCAUCCCAGGGUGACAAUGACCAGCGAGGGAGGGCGUGGCACACUGACCAUCCGAGAUGUGAAGGAGGCAGACCAGGGCGCAUACACCUGUGAAGCCAUGAAUGCACGUGGCAUGGUGUUCGGCAUUCCAGAUGGCGUGCUGGAGCUCGUCCCACAGCGAGGCCCCUGCCCCGAUGGACACUUCUACCUGGAGGACAGUGCCUCCUGCCUUCCCUGCUUCUGCUUUGGUGUGACCAACGUGUGCCAGAGCAGUCGGCGCUUCCGGGACCAGAUCCGGCUGAGCUUUGACCAGCCCAAUGACUUCAAGGGUGUGAAUGUGACCAUGCCCUCGCAGCCCGGUGUGCCCCCCCUCUCCUCCACCCAGCUGCAGGUCGACCCGGCCCUGCAGGAGUUCCAGCUGGUUGACCUGUCACGCCGCUUCCUCGUCCAUGAUGCUUUCUGGGCCCUACCCAAGCAGUUUCUGGGUAACAAGGUGGACUCCUAUGGUGGCUCCCUGCGCUACAAGGUGCGCUAUGAGCUGGCACGAGGCAUGCUGGAGCCAGUACAGAAACCAGAUGUGAUCCUCGUGGGUGCAGGUUACCGCCUUCACUCCCGAGGCCACACACCCACCCAGCCCGGAACUCUGAACCAGCGCCAGGUCCAGCUGUCUGAGGAACACUGGGUCCAUGAGUCUGGCCGGCCCGUGCAGCGGGCUGAGAUGCUGCAGGCACUGGCGAGCCUGGAGGCUAUACUGCUGCAGACAGUGUACAACACCAAGAUGGCCAGUGUGGGACUGAGUGACAUUGUCAUGGACACCACUGCCACCCACACCACCAACCACGGUCGUGCUCACAGUGUAGAGGAGUGCAGAUGCCCCAUUGGCUAUUCUGGUUUGUCUUGCGAGAGCUGUGAUGCCCACUUCACCCGGGUGCCUGGAGGGCCCUACCUAGGCACUUGCUCUGGCUGUAAUUGCAAUGGCCAUGCCAGCUCGUGUGACCCUGUCUAUGGCCACUGCCUGAAUUGUCAACACAACACAGAAGGACCUCAGUGUAACAAGUGCAAGGCUGGCUUCUUUGGGGAUGCCACACAAGCCACAGCCACUGCCUGCCGGCCCUGCCCCUGCCCAUACAUCGAUGCUUCUCGAAGAUUCUCAGACACUUGCUUUCUGGACACGGAUGGCCAAGCCACCUGUGAUGCUUGUGCCCCAGGCUACACGGGCCGUCGCUGUGAAAGGUGCGCCCCUGGCUAUGAAGGCAACCCCAUCCAGCCAGGCGGGAAGUGCAGACCCACCAACCAGGAAAUCGUGCGCUGUGAUGAGCGAGGCAGCCUGAGCACCACGGGAGAGGCCUGCCGCUGUAAGAACAAUGUGGUGGGGCGCUUGUGCAAUGAGUGCGGAGAUGGCUUCUUCCACCUGAGCAAGCAGAACCCCGACGGCUGCCUCAAGUGCUUCUGCAUGGGAGUCAGUCGCCAAUGCAGCAGCUCCUCCUGGAGCCGUGCCCAGGUCCUCGGGGCUUCCGAACAGCCCUCUCGGUUCAGCCUGACGAAUGCUGCAGGUUCUCACACCACCAGUGAGGGUAUCUCGUCUCCUGCACCUGGGGAGCUGCUGUUCUCCUCCUUCCACAACCUCCUGUCUGGACCCUACUUCUGGAGCCUUCCCGCCAGCUUCCGAGGAGACAUGGUGACCUCCUAUGGAGGAGAGCUGCGCUUCACCGUAACCCAGCGGCCCCGGCCCAGUUCUGCACCCCUUCACAGACAACCACUGGUGGUACUGCAGGGGAAUGGCAUCACGUUGGAGCACCACGCCUCAAGGGAGCCCAGCCCUGGGCAGCCCACCAACUUCAUAGUGCCCUUCCGAGAGCAAGCCUGGCAGCGUUCUGAUGGGCAGCCAGCCACAAGGGAGCACCUGCUGAUGGCCCUGGCAGACAUUGACAUCCUCCUCAUCCAAGCAUCCUACACCCAGCAUCCGGCCGAGAGCAGGAUCUCUGGCAUUAGCAUGGACAUGGCUGUGCCGGAGAACACCGGCCAGGACUCAGCGUUGGAAGUAGAACAGUGCACCUGUCCACCCGGGUACCGCGGUCCUUCCUGCCAGGACUGUGACACAGGCUACACACGCAUGCCCAGUGGGCUCUACCUGGGCACCUGUGAACGCUGCAACUGCCAUGGCCACUCAAAGAUCUGUGAGCCCGAGACUGGUAUUUGCCAGAGCUGCCAGCACCACACGGUGGGCGAUCGCUGUGAGCAGUGUCAGCCAUGGUACUAUGGGGAUGCCCAGCGGGGUACACCACAGGACUGCCAGCCCUGCCCAUGCUAUGGAGCCGCUGCUGCUGGCCAGGCUGCCCAUACUUGCUUCUUGGACACAGAUGGUCACCCCACGUGUGACUCGUGCUCACCAGGCCACAGCGGGCGUCACUGUGAGAGGUGAGAUGGGCAGUGGGGAGUGCCGGGGGCCCAGGAAGGAUGCCAUCUGUGGCUUCUUUACACUUCAGGAGAUGGUCAGGUCCCAGAGGGACUAGGCUGUGGCUGUGACCCCCAUGGCAGUGUCAGCAACCAGUGUGAUGCCGCUGGUCAGUGCCAAUGCAAGGCCCAAGUGGAAGGUCUUACCUGCAGCCACUGCCGGCCCCACCACUUCUACCUGAGUGCCAGCAACCCAGAAGGCUGCCUGCCCUGCUUCUGCAUGGGUGUCACCCAGCAGUGUACCAGCUCCUCUUACUCACGCCACCAGAUCUCCACCCACUUUGCUCCUGGGAACUUCCAAGGCUUUGCCCUGGUGAACCCGCAGCGCAACAGCCAGCUGACAGGAGGCUUCACCGUGGAAUCGGUGCCUGGUGGGCCCCAGCUCUCUUUUGGCAACUUUGCCCACCUUGGCCAGGAGUCCUUCUACUGGCAACUUCCAGAUACAUACCAGGGAGACAAGGUGGCGGCCUAUGGUGGGAAGCUACGGUAUACCCUCUCCUACACAUCAGGGCCACAGGGCAGCCCGCUCUCGGACCCCGAUAUCCAGAUCACGGGCAAUAACAUCAUGCUGGUGGCCUCCCAGCCUGCACCACAGGGCCCAGAGAGAAAGAGCUAUGAGAUCAUCUUCCGAGAGGAGUUCUGGCGGAGGCCAGAUGGACAGCCUGCGACCCGUGAGCACUUGCUCAUGGCCCUGGCGGAUCUGGAUGAACUUCUGAUUCGGGCCACGUUCUCCUCAGUGCCACGGGCAGCCAGUAUCAGCGCCGUGAGCCUAGAAGUGGCCCAGCCAGGACCCUCUGGUGGACCCCGAGCCCUUGAGGUGGAAGAAUGCCGCUGCCCUCCAGGCUAUGUUGGGUUGUCCUGCCAGGACUGCGCCCAAGGCUACACGCGCACUGGGAGCGGACUGUACCUUGGCCACUGUGAGUUGUGUGAAUGCAAUGGCCACUCCGACCUGUGUCACCCGGAGACUGGAGCCUGCUCGCGAUGUCAGCACAACACUGCCGGAGAGUUCUGUGAGCUGUGCGCAACCGGCUACUACGGGGAUGCUACGGCUGGGACACCUGAGGACUGCCAGCCAUGUGCUUGCCCACUGACCAACCCAGAGAACAUGUUCUCCCGCACCUGUGAGAGCCUUGCGGCCGGAGGAUACCGCUGCACUGCCUGCGAACCCGGCUACACCGGCCAGUACUGUGAACAGUGUGCCCCAGGCUACGUGGGUAACCCCAAUGUGCAAGGAGGCCGGUGCCAGCCACUGACCAAAGACUCCCUGGAGGUUCAGGUCCAUCCCUCUCGGAGCGUAGUUCCCCAAGGCGGCCCACACUCCCUGAGGUGCCAGGUCAACGGGAGUCCACCUCACUACUUCUACUGGUCCCGUGAAGAUGGGCGGCCGUUACCCAGCAGUGCUCAGCAGCGCCAUCAAGGCUCUGAGCUCCACUUCCCUAGCGUGCAGCCCUCCGACGCCGGUGUCUACAUCUGCACCUGCCGAAACCUACAUCACACCAGCAACAGCAGGGCUGAGCUCCUGGUCACUGAGGCUCCCAGCAAGCCCAUCACAGUGACAGUGGAGGAGCAACGGAGCCAAAGUGUGCGGCCUGGAGCUGAUGUCACCUUCAUCUGCACAGCCAAGAGCAAAUCUCCAGCCUACACCCUGGUGUGGACCCGCCUACACAAUGGGAAGCUGCCCUCUCGUGCUAUGGACUUCAACGGCAUCCUGACCAUCCGCAACGUACAGCCAAGUGAUGCAGGCACCUAUGUGUGUACUGGCUCCAACAUGUUCGCCAUGGACCAGGGCACAGCCACGCUGCAUGUUCAAGUCUCAGGCACCUCAACUGCACCUGUGGUCUCCAUACAUCCGCCACAGCUCACUGUGCAGCCUGGACAAAUGGCUGAGUUCCGCUGCAGCGCCACAGGGAACCCCACACCCACUCUGGAAUGGUCAGGAGGUCCUGGUGGCCAGCUUCCUCAGAAGGCUCAGAUCCAUGGUGGCAUCCUGCGUCUGCCAGCAAUCGAGCCCUCAGAUCAGGGCCAGUACCUGUGCCGCGCCCUCAGCAGCGCUGGGCAGCAUGUAGCCAGGGCCAUGCUUCAGGUGCACGGAGGCAGUGGACCCAGGGUCCAGGUGAGCCCCGAGAGGACCCAGGUGCACGAGGGCCGCACGGUCAGGCUAUACUGCAGGGCAGCUGGAGUCCCCAGUGCCAGCAUCACCUGGAGGAAGGAGGGAGGCAGCCUGCCUCCACAGGCCCGGUCAGAGAACACAGACAUCCCCACGCUGAUCAUCCCAGCCAUUACACCUGCUGACGCUGGCUUCUACCUCUGUGUGGCCACCAGCCCCACCGGCACCGCUCAGGCCCGCAUCCAGGUGGUCGUCCUCUCAGCCUCAGGUGCCAGCUCCGUGCCAGUCAGGAUUGAGUCCUCAUCACCGUCUGUGACUGAAGGACAGACUCUUGACCUCAACUGUGCUGUGAUGGGAUUGACCUAUACCCAGGUCACAUGGUACAAGCGAGGGGGCAGCCUGCCUCCCCAUGCCCAGGUCCACGGCUCCAGGCUGCGGCUCCCCCAGGUCUCACCAGCAGACUCUGGAGAAUAUGUGUGUCGAGUAGAGAGUGACUUGGGACCCAAGGAGGCUUCCAUUGUUGUCUCUGUCCUUCACGGCGUUCAUUCAGGCCCCAGCUACACCCCAGCCACUGGCGGCACCCCACCCAUCCGCAUUGAGUCCUCAUCCUCCCAUGUGGCCGAGGGGCAAACCUUGGAUCUAAACUGUGUGGUGCCUGGGCAGGCACAGGUGACGUGGCGGAAACGCGGAGGCAGCCUUCCCGCCCGGCACCAGACCCACGGUCCCCUGCUGAGACUACACCAGGUGUCCCCUGCCGAUUCAGGCGAGUACGUGUGCCACGUGGUCCUCGGCUCUGAGCAUAAAGAGACCUCCGUUCUGGUCACCAUCGAACCUUCCGAGGCCAUCCCUGCCCCUGGACCUGUCCUGCCUGUCAGAAUUGAGUCUUCAUCCUCCACAGUAGCUGAGGGUCAGACGCUGGAUCUCAACUGCGUGGUGGCAGGACAAGCCCAUGCACAGGUCACAUGGUACAAGCGUGGGGGCAGCCUGCCCGCCCGACACCAGGUCCGUGGCUCCCGCCUAUACAUCUUCCAGGCCUCUCCAGUAGAUGCUGGAGAAUAUGUUUGCCGGGCAGGCAAUGGGCAGGAGGCCACCAUCACAGUCAAGGUCACAGGCAACCAAGGGGCCAACUUUGCCUACCCUCCGGGUAGCACACCACCUAUUCGCAUUGAGCCCUCUUCCUCUCACGUGGCUGAGGGGCAAACCCUGGAUCUAAACUGUGUGGUGCAGGGACAGGCCCAUGCCCAAGUCACAUGGCACAAGCGAGGUGGUAGCCUGCCCGCCCGGCACCAGACCCAUGGCUCACUGCUGCGGCUGCACCGGGUGUCUCCUGUCGACUCAGGAGAAUAUGUGUGCCAAGUGGAGGGAGGGCCCGUGCCUCUGGAGAGCUCCGUCCUGGUCACCAUUGAGCCUGCAGGCUCUGUGCCUGCACUUGGGGUCACCCCUCCAGUCCGAAUCGAGUCAUCUUCCUCCCAUGUGGCAGAAGGGCAGAGCUUGGAUCUGAACUGCCUUGUUGCUGGACAGGCUCAUCCCCAGAUCUCCUGGCACAAGCGUGGGGGCAGCCUCCCUGCCCAGCAUCAGGUACAUGGCUCAAGGCUGAGACUGCUCCGGGUGACCCCGGCUGACUCCGGGGAGUACGUGUGCCGUGUGGUCAGUGGCUCCAGCACCCAGGAAGCUUCUGUCCUUGUCAGCAUUCAGCAGCAGCUCAGCCCCUACCACUCCCAGAGCGUGGUGCACCCUGUUCGCAUCGAGUCCUCGUCACCUUCGCUGGCCAAUGGGCAUACUCUAGAACUGAACUGCUUGGUGACUAGCCAUGCCCCCCAUACCAUCACCUGGUAUAAGCGUGGAGGCAGCUUACCCAGCCGGCAUCAGAUCGUGGGCUCCCGCCUCCGCAUCCCUCAAGUGACCCCAGCGGACUCUGGAGAGUAUGUGUGUCAUGUCAGCAAUGGCGUUGGCUCCCAGGAGACCUCACUCAUCGUAACCAUCGAGAGCAGAGGUCCCUCCCAGGUGCCCAGUGUCUCCCCACCCAUGAGGAUUGAGACCUCAUCCCCCACAGUGGUGGAAGGACAGACCGUGGAUCUGAACUGUGUGGUGGUUGGGCAGCCCCAGGCCACCAUCACAUGGUACAAGCGUGGGGGCAGCCUGCCUUCCAGACACCAGGCCCAUGGCUCUCGGCUACGGCUACACCGGAUGUCAGUGGCUGACUCCGGCGAGUAUGUGUGCCGAGCCAACAACAACAUUGAUGCCCAGGAGACCUCCAUCGUGAUCUCCGUCUCCCCCAGCAACAACAGCCCCUCUGCCCCAGCCGGUGCAGCACCCAUCAGAAUCGAGUCCUCCUCUUCACACGUGGCCGAAGGACAGACCCUGGAUCUGAACUGUGUGGUCCCUGGACAGGCCCACGCCCAGGUCACAUGGCACAAGCGAGGGGGCAGCCUCCCCGCUCGUCAUCAGACCCACGGCUCAAGGCUGCGGCUGCACCAGGUGUCUCCAGCUGACUCCGGCGAGUAUGUGUGCAGAGUCCUGAGCAGCUCUGGCCCUCUGGAGGCUUCGGUCCUGGUCUCCAUUACAGCAUCUACCUCUAACAGCCAUGUCCCUGGUGGAGUCCCGCCCAUCCGCAUCGAGACCUCUUCCUCCCGAGUGGCUGAGGGGCAGACCCUGGAUCUAAACUGUGUGGUUCCUGGGCAGGCCCACGCCCAGGUCACAUGGCACAAACGUGGAGGCAGUCUGCCCGCUGGGCACCAGGUCCAUGGCCACAUACUGAGGCUGAACCGUGUAUCCCCAGCUGACUCUGGGGAGUACUCAUGCCAGGUGACUGGCAGCUCAGGUACCCUGGAGGCUUCUGUCCUGGUCACCAUCGAGGCCUCUAACCCCAGCCCCAUCCCUGCCCCAGGACUGGCCCAACCUGUCUAUAUAGAGUCCUCCUCCUCCCACGUGGCUGAAGGACAAACUCUGGAUCUGAACUGUGUGGUUCCAGGGCAAGCCCAUGCCCAGGUCACAUGGCACAAACGAGGGGGCAGCCUGCCUGCACGACACCAGACUCAUGGCUCCCUGCUGAGACUCCACCAUAUCUCCCCUGCUGAUUCUGGCGAGUACGUGUGCCAAGUGGCUGGUAGCUCCCGCCCUGAGCAUGAAGCUUCCUUCACAAUCACAGUCCCGCCCAGUGCAGGGUCUUCCUAUCGCCUCAGGAGUCCCGUCAUCUCCAUUGAGCCGCCCAGCAUGACAGUGCAGCAGGGCCAAGAUGCCAGUUUCAAGUGCCUCAUUCACGACGGAGCAACACCCAUCAACCUGGAGUGGAAGACCCGGAACCAGGAGCUGGAGGAUAAUGUGCACAUCAGCCCCAAUGGCUCCAUCAUUACCAUCGUGGGCACCCGGCCCAGCAACCAUGGAGCUUAUCGCUGUGUGGCUUCCAAUGCAUAUGGUGUGGCCCAGAGUGUCGUCAAUCUUAGUGUGCAAGGGUCUCCUACAGUGUCUGUGCUCCCCGAGGGCCCUGUGCAUGUGAAAAUGGGUAAAGACAUCACCCUGGAGUGCAUCAGUGCUGGGGAGCCCCGCUCUUCCCCCCGUUGGACCCGACUCGGCACCCCUGUCAAACUGGAGCCGCGGAUGUUUGGGCUCAUGAAUAGCCAUGCGAUGCUGAAGAUUUCAUCAGCUAAGCCAUCAGAUGCAGGCACCUAUGUGUGUCUAGCCCAGAAUGCGCUGGGCACAGCACAGAAGCAGGUGGAGGUGAUCGUGGACACCGGCACUGUGGCCCCAGGUGCCCCCCAGGUCCAAGUUGAAGAAGCUGAGCUGACCCUGGAGGCUGGACACACGGCCACUCUACAUUGCUCAGCCACAGGCAACCCCCCGCCCACCAUCCACUGGUCCAAGCUGCGCUCCCCACUGCCCUGGCAGCACCGGGUAGAAGGCAACACUCUGGUCAUUCCCCGGGUGGCCCAGCAGGACUCGGGCCAGUACAUCUGUAAUGCCACCAACACUGCUGGGCAUGCUGAAGCCACUGUUGUCCUGCACGUGGAGAGUCCUCCGUAUGCCACCAUAAUUCCAGAGCAUACCUCGGUGCAGCCAGGGAAGCUGGUUCAGCUGCAGUGCCUGGCUCACGGCACACACCCACUCACCUUCCAGUGGAGCCGUGUGGACGGCAUCCUCCCUGAAAGGGCUGUUGCCAGAAAUGAGCUUCUACGCUUGGAGCCCAUGGGCCCUGCAGACUCUGGUCGCUACCGCUGCCAGGUCUCCAACAAGGUGGGCUCGGCUGAGGCCUUUGCCCAAGUUCUGGUCCAAGGUCCUUCUGGCGAUCUCCCUGGCACUUCCAUCCCGGUAGGAUCCGUACACACUGUACAAGUCACUCCUCAGCUAGAGACCAAGAACAUCGGGGCCAGCGUUGAGUUCCACUGUGCUGUGCCCAAUGAGCGGGGCACCCACCUUCGAUGGCUCAAGGAGGGAGGUCAGCUGCCUCCUGGACACAGUGUACAGGAUGGAGUCCUCCGAAUCCAGAACUUAGACCAGAGCUGCCAAGGGACAUAUGUUUGUCAGGCCCAUGGGCCUUGGGGACAAGCCCAGGCCAGUGCCCAGCUAAUUGUGCAAGCCUUGCCUUCGGUGCUCAUCAAUGUCCGCACCUCUGUGCACUCGGUGGUAGUCGGCCACUCUGUGGAGUUUGAGUGCUUGGCACUGGGUGACCCUAAGCCUCAGGUAACUUGGAGCAAAGUUGGAGGACACCUAAGGCCUGGCAUUGUUCAAAGUGGAAGUGUCAUCAGGAUUGCCCAUGUGGAUCUGGCUGAUGCAGGACAGUACCGCUGUACGGCCACCAAUGCUGCUGGUACCACCCAGUCCCACGUGCUGCUGCUCGUACAAGCCUUGCCUCAGAUCUCAACUCCUCCAGAGGUCCGAGUACCUGCUGGCUCUGCGGCAGUCUUCCCAUGCAUGGCCUCAGGGUACCCGACUCCUGCCAUCACCUGGAGCAAGGUGGAUGGUGACCUGCCACCCGGCAGCCGCUUGGAGAACAACAUGCUGAUGCUGCCCUCAGUUCGCCCCCAGGACGCCGGCACCUAUGUGUGCACUGCCACCAACCGGCAGGGCAAGGUCAAAGCCUUCGCCUAUCUGCAGGUGCCAGAGCGAGUGGUACCCUACUUCACCCAGACACCCUACUCCUUCCUGCCACUUCCCACCAUCAAAGACGCCUACAGGAAGUUUGAGAUCAAGAUUACCUUCCGCCCAGACUCUGCAGAUGGGAUGCUGCUGUACAAUGGGCAGAAGCGGAUCCCAGGGAGUCCCACCAACCUGGCCAACAGGCAGCCUGAUUUCAUCUCCUUUGGCCUUGUGGGCGGAAGGCCUGAGUUCCGAUUUGAUGCAGGCUCUGGCAUGGCCACCAUUCGCCACCCCACACCGCUGGCCCUAGGCCAGUUCCACACCGUGACCCUGCUCCGAAGUCUUACUCACGGAUCCCUGAUUGUGGGCAAUUUGGCCCCUGUCAACGGAACCUCCCAGGGCAAGUUCCAAGGCUUAGACCUGAAUGAGGAGCUGUAUCUGGGUGGCUAUCCCGACUAUGGUGCCAUCCCGAAGGCUGGGCUGAGCAGUGGCUUUGUUGGCUGUGUGCGUGAGCUGCGCAUCCAAGGCGAGGAGAUCAUCUUCCACGACCUCAACCUCACAAAACAUGGCAUCUCCCACUGCCCUACUUGCCAGGACCGACCCUGCCAGAAUGGAGGCCAGUGCCAUGAUUCAGAGAGCAGCAGCUACAGAUGUGUCUGCCCUGCUGGCUUCACUGGCAGCCGCUGUGAGCAUUCACAAGCCUUGCACUGCCACCCAGAGGCCUGUGGGCCCGACGCCACCUGUGUGAACCGUCCAGAUGGUCGAGGCUACACCUGUCGCUGCCACCUGGGCCGCUCAGGGAUGAAGUGUGAGGAAGGUGUGACGGUGACUACCCCAUCUAUGUCUGGCACUGGCUCCUACCUGGUACUACCGGCUCUCACCAAUACCCACCAUGAGCUACGCCUGGAUGUGGAGUUCAAGCCGCUGGCACCUGAUGGUCUCUUGCUGUUCAGUGGUGGCAAGAGUGGGCCCGUGGAAGACUUUGUGUCCCUAGCGAUGGUUGGUGGCCACCUGGAGUUCCGCUAUGAGUUAGGGUCAGGUCUGGCUGUUCUGCGGAGCCAUGAGCCACUGGCCUUGGGACGCUGGCACCGAGUGUCUGCAGAGCGCCUCAACAAAGAUGGCAGCCUACGGGUGGAUGGAGGGCGCCCUGUGCUGCGCUCCUCACCAGGAAAGAGCCAGGGUCUCAACCUGCACACGCUGCUCUACCUGGGGGGCGUGGAGCCCUCCAUACAGCUGUCCCCAGCCACCAAUAUGAGUGCCCACUUCCAUGGCUGUGUGGGCGAGGUGUCUGUGAAUGGCAAGCGAUUGGACCUCACCUACAGCUUCCUGGGCAGCCAGGGUGUGGGCCAAUGCUACGACAGCUCCCCAUGUGAGCGCCAGCCCUGCCGCAAUGGUGCCACAUGCAUGCCUGCUGGUGAAUAUGAGUUCCAGUGCCUUUGUCAAGAUGGCUUUAAAGGAGACCUUUGUGAGCAUGAGGAAAACCCUUGCCAGCUCCAAGAGCCUUGUUUGAAUGGUGGCACCUGCCGGGGUACCCGUUGCCUCUGUCCUCCUGGCUUCUCUGGUCCACGCUGCCAACAAGGUGCUGGGUACAACGUAGUGGAAUCUGACUGGCACCUUGAAGGCAGUGGAGGCAAUGAUGCCCCUGGGCAAUAUGGAGCCUACUUUCAUGACAAUGGCUUCCUAGGCCUCCCCAGCAACAUCUUCUCCAGAAGCCUUCCUGAAGCACCUGAGACCAUUGAAUUCGAGGUUCGGACCAGCACAGCCAAUGGGCUCCUGCUCUGGCAGGGUGGGGUGAGAGAGGCCAGCCGCAGCAAAGACUUCAUUAGCCUUGGACUGCAAGAUGGCCAUCUUGUCUUCAGCUACCAACUGGGCAGUGGGGAGGCCCGUCUUGUCUCUGAGGACCCCAUCAAUGACGGCGAGUGGCAUCGGGUGACGGCGCUGCGAGAGGGCCAGAGAGGCUCCAUCCAAGUGGACGGUGAGGAGCUUGUCAGCGGCCGGUCCCCAGGUCCUAAUGUAGCGGUCAACACAAAGGAUAUGGUCUACAUUGGUGGUGCCCCAGAUGUGGCCACACUCACCAGAGCCAAGUUCUCCUCUGGGAUCACAGGCUGUAUCAAGAAUUUGGUGCUGCACUCAGCCCGGCCUGGAGGCCCACCCCCACAGCCCCUGGACUUGCAGCAUCGUGCCCAAGCAGGGGCCAACACACGUCCCUGCCCCUCAUAGGCACCCGCCUCCCUCCCACGGACUCUUGGGCAGCACCCAGCCUGACAAUGUCGAGUAUAUUAUUAUUAAUAUUAUUAUGACUUUUUGUAAGAGACUGAGGCAAUGCCACGCUUGCUGCUACCACCCUGGGCUGGACUGGAGGGUGGGUGCGCCAGCUCCCCCACGUGUGUGGGCAGAGCCCCAAGGCUGGUGGGCAGGGCAGGUGGACUGGAAGAGGUUUUCCUCAGAAGGUCACUGGGAAUUGAAGUCAGGCUGGUAGGGCUCAAAACUGCUCCACCUCCUUCCCCACUUCAAAGUAAAGUUGGGCUGUCCAUUUAGCAGCCCCAGGACAAUCCUCAUUGCUCUGAGUGCCAACCUCAGUUUACCACCUGGCACCUCACUGUCACACUGAAUGAGGGGACAUUGCAGUGGCCUGAGCUACUGUGCUGGGAACAGAAGGCAGCUCACUCCCCACCCGGCCACACCCCAGCUUCCUCCACCCCCACCUAGCCAGAAACCCCAUGUCCUUGGCAGCCUUCCCUCCCACCCAGCCCACUUCCACCUGCAUUCCCCACCACCACCCACACACAGCUCAGGGCCCUGCCCUCAGGAGCUGCAAGGGAGACCAACUCUUCCCUCCCCACCGGCUAGGCAGAGCCCAGCAAUGAAGUCCCACCACACCAGGCCGUACCCCCUACUCUUCUGGAGGUGAAGGCCCAGGGCGUGGGGGAGCAGGAAUCAGGAAGACCAGUGUCUUGGUGGGGCCUCAGAUUGGGAAGGGGAGGAGGGGUGAUGCCCUGCCCACCCGGAAGCCUGAGGGCCCAAUUGCAGAGUAAGCAGACCCAGACCACGGCUGUUGGGAUACUUGGCCUUGGGUCCUCAAGGGAACCCCUGUGGUCUUCAUCUGAUUUUUUUCUUAAUAAAUGGUGCUAUCCCCGCCAAAAGGUCUCCUGUCUCUUUGACAAGGGGUCCACUCAGUACUGCAUGGGGUGGAGGGCAGGGCAGGGUUUCUGAGAUCAGAAGGAAAAGCAAAACCAAACAAGUUUCACGAUCAGAUAACAGCCCAGUUCCUGGCCUUGGUACCCCUUCCCCAGGCCAGAGCAGUGCCCACCCUUGCUCUUCGGACCCUCCCAGCACAGUGCCCACCCCUGCCCACAGGACCUGUCCAGGACAGUGCCCACUCCUGCCCACAGGACCUGCCCAGCACAGCGCCCACCCCAGUCACAGAACCCACCCACACGACCUGUUCUC